UAGGAAGAGGAAGAGAGAGUUGCAAGCGGUGGAUAUGUGAUGAAUGGUGAUGAUGAAACAGAGUUGUUACUUGUAAGUGGUCACCCACCCACUAGCAUUCCACUGUCUAUUGCGACCCAGCUCUGUCCAUCCAUGAUCCAUCCUCUCCUCUCUUCACUCGAUGAACACUUGCAUGCAAGCAUGAAGCUGAACUUGAAUGCUAAAAGCAUCAUAGUUAUGCAAGAAAAUAAAACAUUUUCAGCCUGAAAGUCUGUGUCUUUGUUUGAUUAUUUUUAAUGAUCGGUGAGGUUUGUUUUGUCUGUGACUAUCUGUGACCGUUAACCUUUUCUUGGAUGACGCUUUUUAGCUCCAUCCAAUCCUCCUCGUCGUUUUCUUUCUUCUUCUUGCUGUAACCUUUUGUUGCUUUCUUCUCUCUUCUCACACAGUCUUCGAGAUUUUCUUUUUCUUUAUCUUAUGAUCUUAUAAUAUAUACAAAAAAUUAAACCGCUUCUGUUAAGCACUUUGAGCAGAGCAGCAGGCACUCGCCUCUACCCACCAUUUCUGUUUCAGGGCCUCUUUCCAUUCAAUUUUCCCGCUCUUUGUUGACAAAAAAAAAAAGAAGAAAAUAUAAAACUCAAGUAUUUUGCUUCUGCAAUUUCCUCCUCUCUUUCUAUUUCCCCAUUUUUGGAGAAUUAUUAUCAGUCAUCUUUUUCAGGUUAUAAUUGAUCUUGGUGCAUAGUUCCUUCGUUUUCAAGUGAGAAAAAGAUGAACACUCGAGUCCGCACUGCUCUUCAGACAAUGAAAGCUCCAUUAAACCAUGAUAAACAUUUGUUAUUGAAAUUGCAAAGGAGAAGAUGGAGACUCAAGGAAGCAGAGCAAAGGCUGCCCAGAAAUCUGCUGUUAAUCGGCGUCGAUCAAACAGGGAGAGGAAAUUGGCCUUGCUACAAGAUGUUGAUAAGCUAAAGAAGAAGCUUAGACAUGAAGAGAAUGUUCACAGAGCAUUAGAGAGGGCUUUUACUAGGCCUUUGGGUGCUCUACCUCGCUUGCCUCCUUAUCUACCCCAAAAUACAUUAGAGCUGCUAGCUGAAGUAGCUGUUUUAGAAGAAGAAGUUGUUCGCCUUGAAGAGCAAGUUGUGAAUUUUAGACAAGGACUCUAUCAGGAAGCUGUGUACAUCUCCUCCAAGAAGAAUGUGGAGAAUUCCAAUGAUGCAAUUGACCAACCCCAACCUUCCCCUACAAGACCAAAACAUGCACGAUCGAAGUCCCUUUCGCAUAAUGAGUUCAAUUCUGCUGCAUUUGCAGGCAGGCCUCACUCUUCCCUUGCAAGAAGCACUUCAAGUAGAAAGCUAAUUUCCUCCGACACUAUCGCCGAUCGAUUAGCACAUAGUUCCAAACAAGCUUAUGGUAAACCCAAUUCCUCUUCAUUGGAUGAUGGGAGAGGAAAGGAGAAUCAGUCAUGUACUAAUUCCGUGAAGGAUAAGCAAUCUCCAGGCAAGAAAACUGUAAAAAUUGUGACUCCAAUUAAGAGAGUAUCAUACAAGCAUGAAUCUGAGAAGUCCUUGGAUCCUUUAAAGAUAGAGUGCAGAUUAAUAGAGCAGGAAAGAGCACAAGAAAGCUCUUCUGGCUCUUCAGAGGAUAAAGUAUCAGAAACUAACAUCACAGUCUCACCGAAUAAGGUAUCCGAGGAUAUAUUGAAGUGUUUGUCAAGCAUUUUGUUAAGGAUUAGCACAUUUAAGGACAAAUCAGUAGAAUCAGGAACUUUACUCUCACGAUCAGCCUUUGUUUCUCUGGAGUGCAAUGAAGAAAUUGAGAUUUGGGAUCCUUAUGCUAUCUCUUCAGAGUCCAGAGCUAGAGAUAUUGGUCCCUAUAAGCAUCUUUGUGCAAUUGAAGCUAGUUCAAUUGAUCUCAACCGCACGACAAAUGCCUUGUUUUUGAUCCAUAGACUAAAGUUCCUACUUGGGAAACUUGCCUCUGUAAAUUUGGAGGGUCUUACCCAUCAGCAGAAGCUUGCUUUCUGGAUAAACACUUAUAAUUCGUGCAUGAUGAAUGCAAUUUUGGAGCAUGGGAUACCCAAGACUCCUGAAAUGGUUGUAGCACUAAUGCAAAAGGCAACAAUUACUGUAGGGGGACAACUACUGAAUGCAAUUACCAUUGAGCAUUUCAUCUUGAGACUUCCUUAUCACUUGAAAUUUACCUGUUCAAAAUCUACAAAAAAUGAUGAGAUGAAAACUCGCAGCAUAUUUGGAUUGGAGUGGUCUGAACCUUUGGUUACAUUUGCACUCUCCUGUGGAAGUUGGUCAUCCCCUGCUGUAAGAGUGUAUACAGCCCCUAAUGUUGAAGAGGAGUUAGAAGCAGCAAAGAGAGAGUAUUUACAGGCAGCAGUUGGGAUUUCAACGACAAACAAGUUAAUAAUUCCUAAGCUGUUAGACUGGUAUCUACUAGACUUUGCAAAGGACAUAGAAUCAUUGCUUGAUUGGGUGUGUCUGCAGCUGCCUGAUGAACUCAGGAAUGAAGCAGUUAAAUUUGUUGAAAUAAGGGGAACAGAACCACUUUCACAGCUGGUACAAGUGAUGCCAUAUGAUUUCAGUUUCAGGUUGCUUUUACACCGGUGAAAAAUUUUAUUUCUUUUUUUCAUGUCCAGACCUUCCAUCUACGUUCUGCCAAAAACUAUAGAAAGUAACUAUAGAAACAGUCGAAGUACAUGCACAGUCCUAUCACUGUAAACAGCUAGCUCUGGGGGAAUAGUGUUUUCUUCAGAUGGGUUUUUGGCUUCUGUGAUUGUUACAUUAAAAUUUGAUUUGGGGAAGAGUAUAUGAGGAAUACAAAUACCUUUCAGUUCAUUCA